UUCCGUUCGUGUUUGCCUAUCAGUGACACAAAUAUAAAUAAGUACGGUAUUUUUAAUACUGUUGUACCUUCAGCGUAGCCCGCAUGGAAGAGACGAUGGAUAAGCGUCCUGCGAAUUUCCGAUCUCUGAAUCGCUGUUAGUGUACGAAUCGAACGGGAAUUACAGUAUGAGGACGUAAUCGUUCCUUUCAACAAUUGCACUUGAAGCUACAAAUUCCUUUGUGUUCGUGAGUGAAUGAAAUUGCUGACUUAGGCUUCCUUCCCCGAUUGUCGAUCGUGGCGGAAAGGUUUCCAAAAGUGAAUUUUGCAAGAUCCCUGCCCUUCGACGGCAUCCUUUCCAGCCAUGGGCGAGCAAAGCCAAAGCAGGCCAACUGCGGCUGAGGCUGAGAUGAAAGGAUGGCUCUACAAAUGGACGAACUACAUCAAAGGCUAUCAAAAGCGUUGGUUCGUCCUAAACGAUGGACUUCUCUCUUACUACAGAUCGCCGGCGGAAACUAACCACACGUGCAGAGGCACUAUCAGCCUACACGGGGCAACUAUUUCAACCGAAGAUGCCUGCAAUUUUGUUAUCUCAACUUGUGGUACACAAACUUGGCAUCUGAAAGCUAGUUCCGAAGUUCUUCGUCAGCGUUGGGUCUUGGGUCUUGAACUAGCUAAAAACAAAAGCAUCGGCGUAACUACAUCAGAUGAUGAGGAGGACAUGGAAAUGGAGGAGAUGGAGGAAAGUGCCGGAUUAGACAAACGAAUUGAGCUGCAAGCAGUUGUUCAACUAUUGAACACGAAAUUAGCCCAUAUCAAGGAAGCAGAGAAAAUUGUCAUCAAACACGGCGGAACUUUAUUGGCAAGAUCUUAUUUUUUUUCGUUGUGGAACAUUUUUUAUGGGUCUUUACAAUCCCUGGAAGUACUUUUUCCUAAACAGCCUGAUGGAACGGGUGAAGCAGUGCCGAAUGCUGUGUACAUACCCGAGCUUCAGUCGACGAGCAAGACAAUCAACGAGCGGUCAACCAUGUUCAAAUUCGCGUGCUCAAUGAUGAUCAACUCUUGCCGAGAAUACGCCGAUCUGGCCAAUGCCCAAGGUCGCAAAUGGCAAAGGCUGCUUCAGCACGAACGCGACCAAAGGCUUCGUUUGGAAGAAAUGGUGGAGACACUCGCGCGUCAGCAUUCUCACCUGGAACAGAGUGUGGUUCAAGAGCACCAAGACUUGAAAAACAAGCCAGAGAAAACCAGGGCUUCUGCGGAACAUUCCCUCAUAUCCAGAGAACCUGCUGGUACAUCCAAGAACGCCAGUGCUUCUAGUAACUCUGACAGCUUGAACAUGAGGUCUGCUGGGCCUCCAGUUUCAAGUCUCAGUGACAGCGACGACAACGAAAUGGAAUUUUUCGACGCCUUGGAAGAGAACGAUUCAGACUUUAUAGUUCAGCGCUCCGCAACCGGGAACAACGUUCCCGUGGUGGAAACAGUUCAGAAUGUGAUCAUGAACGGGGAAAAGCCGCCGAUUUCCCCGCCGAGUCAGCCAGGUACCCCGAAAUUGGCGGGAAGCACAGUUGCGAAAAGAGCUGCUCGCAAACGUCGCACGUCCAUCCCGGACAGGCCCAACAUUUCCGUCAACCUCUGGAGCAUCAUGAAGAAUUGCAUCGGGAAAGAGUUGACCAAGAUCCCGAUGCCUGUGAAUUUCAGCGAGCCCUUGUCGCUGUUGCAACGACUCACCGAAGAGUACGAGUACAGUCAUUUGCUGGAUGAAGCUGCGAGAUGCACUGAUCCCUGUGAACAGCUGGCCUACAUUGCCGCCUUCACCAUUUCUCCGUAUGCUGCGACGUCUUAUAGAACCGGGAAGCCGUUUAAUCCGCUGUUGGGGGAGACUUACGAGUGGGACAGAACUGAGGACUUUGGAUGGAGAGUUCUUUCUGAACAGGUGAGCCAUCACCCGCCAAUAGCAGCUCAGCAUUGUGAAGGAAAGAAUUGGGAAGUGGUGCAGGAAUUCAGCAUGUCUUCUAAGUUUCGCGGGAAAUAUUUGCAAAUUGUGCCGUUGGGAACAUCGCACCUGUUCCUCAGACCGCAGAACAGUGACGGGAAAACGUAUCACUGCACCUGGCGCAAAGUUUCGACAACUGUGCACAACAUCAUCGUGGGCAAGCUGUGGAUGGACAAUCACGGAGAGAUGGACAUCAUCAAUCACACUACUGAGGACAAGUGUCACUUGAAGUUCAUACCCUAUUCCUAUUUCUCGAGAGAUGUCCCUAGAAAGGUGACAGGUUAUGUUACAAACAAAGAAGGGACAAUCAAGUGGGUGGUCUCUGGGACUUGGGACGCCAAGAUUGAAGCAGCCCAAGUAGUGAAAACGUCAGACUCCGAGUCCGGGAAGCCGGUGCUUGAAACAGCUCAGCCAAAGCUAUUGUGGAAAGCGAAUAAGAUUCCGCCGGGGGCGGAGAAAUGCUAUAACUUGUCAGAACUGGCUGUGCAACUGAAUGAAAUGGAGGAAGGGGUUAGUCCUACAGACAGUCGCUUCCGUCCUGACCAAAGAAUGAUGGAAAUUGGACGCUGGGAUGAAGCUAAUCAGGAGAAAGUGCGAUUAGAAGAGAAGCAAAGAGCAGCCCGACGAAAGCGUGAACAAGAGUUGGAGCAGAUGACGACAGAAGGCACUGAAGUGGCUCAAUACCAACCGCUGUGGUUCACGCAAGAGAAAGACGCGGACACAGGGGCGAUGCUGUACAAGUUUAACAACAAGUACUGGGACUCCAAGGACAGACAAGAUUGGUCCAUGUGCCCGGAUAUUUAUUGAUAGUCGCCAUUUCAUCCGCACCAGUGUUUCGCUCCGAGUGCCUGAGAUAAUGGUUUUUAUUUUAGGCUCGUCUUCUUUUUUUUUUUGAUCGAUUGGAGAGAGAGAGACAAAUCUUGCUUCUGAAUCAGUAUCGUCGCGUGUUCUGGAGAGAUUUUUUUUCUAGAUGGACUGCAUCUUAUUUCCCGUUGCUUCUGCGAGGUUUGCUGGGUGGGAUCGAAUGGAUGAUGGUGUCACUUGGCAGAAAACCUUGUUGAUAAUUGACGAAAUUUGGUCAUCAAGUUACCUGAAUUGAUGGUUACUCUUGGCAGGAAACCCUUUUGAUCUUGUCCAAUGCUAGCCAAUGUCCUUACAAGCUCAAUUCGUCCAUGGCACCCUUGUACUCGAGAUUUAAACAUUACUUAAGAGCCCUUCUUUAUUGUAGUUGAGCAGUUUUUGGAACAGAAAGCAUUAGUUGCCAGAGAGUAACUGUAGAAUUCCUGACAUUUGCACAAAGAUGUGCACGCUGAAUAGGAGGCAUUCAUAUCCUGAAAAGAUUGGCCUAUAUUCCUGGAGUAAGUGAUUGAAUGAGGUACCGAGAGAUUAUUUUGAUUAAACCAGUAUUCUUCAAUAUGUGGUUCACAGAAAUCUUCAGUUGCCUUUUUUAAUUUUUUCGUUUCUUUUAUCCAUCGAACUACAUGUGUAGUCAAGUAUGUUUCAAUAUUUUGCGCACUGUGCAGACAGCAUUCCCUCAUUUGCAUGAGUUAGCUAAGAACAAAUGCUGGAGUCCUUUUUUUGGGUUAUGCGAGUACAUUGGAGCGACAUCUAUCAGCAUGUCUAUCUCAUGAAAUAUUCAUUGUACUCUUGAAGCCAGUACUGUAAUUGUAUGAUUUCAAGCUUUAAUCUGUGACAGAAAACUGAAGAUUAUGACUCAGAACCACUCAAAUUAUUCAUUACUGUAUUUUAUUUUUACCUUUUAAAACGCUUUUUGCGAAAUAUUUCAAAUUUUAUUUCGUUUAUUUCUUUUUCUAUUGUUUACUGCAUUCAAGUUUGAAAGUAGCUGUAUUCACAAAUUCAUACUUGAAAGCGAGAAGAAGCUCUGUAGAUGAAAGUUUUGUCCAUGAAUGUCAUGUACAAGAUCCAAUGCUUAAAAACGAUUUCAGAAGCUGUUCUCAACAGUGUUUGCUGCCAAUUGCCUCCAUCAUUGACGCAAUUUUUUCCUAAGGCGUUCCUGCGAGAUGUACAGCGUUUCCUUCAAGAAGGAAUGGAUCAGAAUCGAAAAGAUUAGAUAAAAAGGGGAGUAAUAAUAGAGUCGCACCGAUAUUCGCAUUGCAAAACAAAUCUGCAAAUGUCUGCGUGGGACUCGUUUUUCUAUAAUAGCGCUGUUAUAUUACGGAGAAAUCGUGUGUCUCGCCGAAUUUUCCCGACCGAUUUUAUUUCAGUAUUCAAGUGUGAAAAGCCUGAGGGAAAUUUUAAUUGCACCGUUAAAAAAAGAAUAGUAAACAGGACGGUCAGCUUUCACGUAAAAUUCUGCAUCCAAUGGUGACAUCUUUGGUGGAGUUCAAGAAGUGCUUGUUGCUGAUUUUUUUCCCUGUUGCAUCGCGAAGUGGAUAAAGAAGAAUUCAGUGGAUUUGCUGGUCGACGUUAUGUUGUGAUACAUAUUUUAGUGUGGGGAAACUCAUGAAUUGAGAUUUUAAGAAUGCUAAAGGCGGAAUGAUUUCAGCAGAAACCUUUUCGUGUUGGGUGGGAACUGCGAAAUAAUUCGUUUUUGGUGAUGAUACGGUUACCAUGCCAUAAUUGUCUCCUGUUUUUUUGUUUUGUUCUGCGGUUCUCUUAUAGGUUCUCCUGCUCUAUUGCUUAUGCACCAAUGUUCUUGCUUUGUUUCCUGUAGGUUUGAUCAGGGUGUUCCCAUGUUUUAAUCUUUUGUUUUCAGGAAAGGGAUUGAACUGUCAUGACUGCUGGGAGCAGCAUGUGGGAUGGAAUACACGAGUAAUUUUUUUCGAAAA